AUGAAACUGAGAGAAGAACAAUGGAUAAAUUAUCUUGGUGGAUUAGCUGCUGCAUUUACAGAGGAAAGUCAUUCGGAUAUUCAAGUCAAGCCUGGCGAUGGACCUUCUAUACCUGCACAUAAAUUUUUGCUGGCAACUAGAUCUGAAGUUUUCAAACAUAUGUUAUCAUCAGAUACAUGCAAAUCCGCCCAAAUUGACUCUGUAUGUCUACCUGAGUUCAAUCAUGAAGAACUUCAGACCUUCUUGGAGUUGCUUUACUGUGGAAAUUUGUCCAAGGAAAAGUUUGAGAUGCAUUAUUACUGUCUAGCACUUGCAUCUCAUAAGUACGCAAUUCCACAUUUGGAGAAGUUUUGCGAAGAACACAUACUAAAAUUGAUAGAUUCGUCAAAUGCACUCAAAGUGCUGGAGAUCUCAGAAAUUUGUGCAAAUGAGACAUUAAGAGUCGCUGCAUUGCAGAUGAUUAUCGACCACAAAAUAGAGAUAAUAUGUGCACCUAGUUUUGAGGAAUUUGCAAUACAAAACCCACAUUUGGUGGUACAUAUCACAAGGUACUCUUGCACUCAAUUCUAG